AUGCCUCAACUUAACCCCGCCCCUUGAUUCAUAAUAUUUGUAUUAGUAUGAACAACCCUCAUCAUGUUUUUUACAAAAAUUAUUAAUACUAGUCCCCGCCUUUCAACCCAACAAUAUAAAAAACAAUCCAACAACCACUACUGAACCUGACCAUGA